AGGACAGACAGAUCAUUUUCUUUUUAGGAACCAGGCGUUGACAUUUCACCUCUUGCCAUAAAUUCCACAAUUUCUAAGCUUUCUUGAGCACCAGAUUAGAUCUUACCAUGUCCGCUACGCCCUACCAUAACGGAUACGAUCAACCCAUGCCUGAACAUUCACACAUGCAGUACGGAUACGGUCAACCCAUGGCAGAACCUUCACACAUGCAAUACUCUGGUGCACCUCAGCACACAUACCCGCAACAGCAGCAGCACUCCAGUAUGCCUGAACAUGUGUAUCGAGAUUCUCUCCAGCCAGCCAACUCGUCAGAAACGUUAGCCGAUCCUUGGUACAACCAGAAUGCCGAAAGGAGUGCACCCCAACCGUACGACGUGGAAGCAUACAGCUCAGCUGACAAGCGCAAACGACGUGUCUGCUGCUGUUUCCCGACCCGCAAAUCCUGCUGCCUGACUUUCUGCCUCAUUUUUCUUGUCAUCCUCAUCAUCCUGGGUGUAUUGGUAUGGUACUUUUGGCCAACAAUACCGGAAUACGGAUAUGUAGGACCUUACGAACCGACCUCAACCGCGCAAUUUGUUCACCUUGCCCCAGGUUCCGAAUGGAAACCAGGCCCAGAUAUACCGUUGGUCAAGUCUGGAAUCACUUUGACGAGCUUGGCAGGGAAUUUCGCCUUCUCCUACGGCAUGGGCGUUGAUGUUUGGUUGAAUAAUAAGAAUCGAUUUGAUAUUGCGAUGGAUCGAUUGGAUGUUGUGGGGCGGGUCAAAGGCGAGAACGGCCAGUUUAUCGAUGCAAAGAACUUUAAAUUGCAGAUCAAUAUGGUCAAUGUAAAUUUCCCGAAAAACGCAAACACGACGGAACAUGUGCCAUUAGAUCUCCGCUAUAACGCCACCUUUUCCCAAAUCAUUGGUCAGAAGGAUCCCUUUCUCCAACUUCUUGCAACUUCUUGCCAGAGUUCUUUCCUGGGCAUCUCGCCGAGUUCACCCAAUGCAAUACCGCUCACCAUGGAAUUUGCAGUAAACGUUGCACCGACCGCUGUGAGACGGUUGGGAAUAACAAUUAACACUACCAUCGGGCCGUUUGAUAUGGCGUGUCCGGCGCAGUUGAAAGAUCAGCUGAAACAGGUAGACACGCUCACGAGGGGACUUUUGAAUGGGGCGCUCAAUUCGAUUACGGGAUAGACAUUACAAGUUUUGGUAACUUAAUUUCACAGUAGUAUAUCAUGUACAGUAUUGUCGAUAGUCAACAUCUUAAGUAGUGUUCAUAUUUUUUUUUGGUAAUCAUUAUGAAUUUAGUACAUAUCUUGCGAAGGCCGAUGUAAUGAUG